GGAGGAGGUGGACGAGGAGGAGAUGGACAAGGAGGAGGUGGACGAGGUGGUGGUGGACGAGGAGGAGGUGGACGGAGACGCGUUGAGGAGCAGGCUCGAGGCCGUGCAGCGGGAGUUGGUUGCCUCCAAGCUGAAGCUCGUGCAGGCCGAGUGCACGAUCCAGGACCUGCAGCAUCGCCUCUCCGUCACCCGUAACGAGCUGGGCGCCAAACGCAUCUCACGCUUUUUCACUCGACCUCAAAGCUCCACCACCUAGCGCUGAACACCCCCCCCCGCCCCAACACCCGCGAUGGUACAGUCCCAAUAGGUCGGCGUACAUUGUGGGUCGUGCCAAGUGUGGGCUGUGCCAAGUGUGGGCUCCAUUGAGGGGGAUUUUUAACUUAAUUCAGUUUAACUUCCAGGAUUUUGUGUAAAUUAUUAUACCCCCCCCCCCCCAGUCGCAUAUAUUUUAAUGGUAUCGUCUCAUUAGCUCGAGUUGCUGGGUGGGAUGUACUAACUUUAUGAAUGAAUAUUCUGGGGGGGCGGGGGGGGUAGAGGCAAUGAUUUUAUAUCCCUCCCACAAGAGCUUAAAUCCACUUUGGGCAAUAGUAAGCUGGUUGUUUUUUUUCUUUGAGAGGGAGUUUUGUUUAAAAAGUCUUGAGUACCCCCCCAUAAUGCUCCAGUAAUGGUAGAGUCCUACUCGGUAAACCUAUGCACGGACCAUACCAAUGUUCAAUACUUAGCAACGAAGGGAUGGGGGGGGGGUUACCCUGCAUUAGUUAAAAUAUUUUAGCUAUUUAACUCCAAUAAUGAUGCAGUCUUCUUGUGCAAGUAGCCAAACGUCUGUUUACUUAAAAUGUUUUCCCCUUGUUAGCCGAAUCGCGGCGUCCGUCGUUACGAUUCUGAAACUAAUUCUAAAUAUCGCGAGCGAAGCUACUUUUUACGGGCACCGCCAGGGCCAAUCAGGAGCCGGCAUUUUAGUCACGCGGUGCCCUCUGAGCCAAUGCGACGCCGCCUAUUAGAACGAGACCACAGAACUGCAAUUUACUUGAGAUUGUUAUAAUAAUGUUGAUUAAUUAUGAUCAUUGUUUUGUCGGUUAACUGAGGCGUAUCGAUGUGUAUGUAUUUUUGCUGUUGUUGCCGAUGCACGAAUGUUAAUUUAAACUUGUGUGUGUCCUUGCAUUAAACCGCUGCUGAGGAAGUAUCUCUUUGAGAUUUCAGGGCGAAAGCGCAG